AUGGUGGAGAAGCCAUAUCCUUGCCUAGAGUGUGGGAAGCAUUACAGCAGCACCAAAAGUCUUACUAAGCACAUUCGCCUGCACACAGGGGUCAAGGUGAACUCUUGCCCCGAGUGUGGUAAAAACUUCUUUAACAAGUCUGGCUUGCUCAAGCACCAGCGCAUUCACUCGGGAGAGAAGCCCUUCUCCUGCUCAGAGUGCGGAAAAUGUUUCAUCAGCAAGUUUGAGAUUGAUAUGCACCAACGGAGCCACACAGGUGAGCGGCCCUAUCCCUGCUCCGAGUGCGGCAGGUCCUUCAGCACCAAGUCCAACUUGGUCAAGCACAACCGGGUCCACACGGGAGAGAAACCCUACACCUGCUCCGAGUGUGAGAAGAGCUUCUCUAUUAACUCCGACCUGGUCCGCCACAUGAGGACUCACACGGGGGAACGACCCUAUUCCUGUUCCGACUGCGGACGGAGAUUCAUCAGUAAAUUCCAACCUCAUCCGACACCAGACAGUCCACUCUGGAAUGAGGGAGAAGCUCUUCACCUGCUUCGAAUGCGACAAACGUUUCGUCAGCAACUCAGACCUGGUGCGUCACCAGAGGGUCCACUCGGGGGUGAAGCCCUACGCUUGCACCAGGUGUGGGAAGUGUUUCUCAAGCCAAAUGGCCUUAAAGGCUCAUAA